GCCCGCGUGCUCUGCACACAACAAAUUGUUUAUUUUUUACUAAGUUCAACAGAGUUGAAGAAUAAUAAGGCGUAUGACUUACGAUAUAUUAUUAAGCAAGUUAAGGCUCAUAAUUUAUCUAUCCUUUCUGCUAAAUGUCUAUAAACUUAACUUAAAAGAAGUAAACGCGUAGACGUGACAACACCGUGCUAUUUGGACAUCAAAUAAAUCAGUUUCGGUUUAACCAACUGCUGAGGCGUUUCAGCCAAUAUUAAGGCUUGGUUUAACACAAUUUACGCAUUGCGUGACUGUCACAUAAAAGCUUAUAAAAUUGGCAAAAUAAGUAAGCAUAGCACAAAGAUGCCGCCAGCGUCUGCGGUUAACAAUAACAAUGCGGCCGCACAAGCGGCAGCUGCCGAGCGAGCAGAAAAACUGCGAGGGUCACUUAAAGGCUUCAUACUAGCCGAUAGACAGCGUAGACAAGAGGAGUACGAAAGGCAGUGUGAGGAGCUGCGCCUGCGACGGGAGCAUGAGGCACGCGAGCGCGAGAAUAAUUUAUCGCUAGAAGAUACACGUGGACAAAUUAAUCGACUGGACGAGCAACUUGCCGAUUUGCAUCAGAAAAAGCAUCAGCUCGUCGUACAACUGAAGAAAGUUCUAAACGAUGACGAAACGCGGAAAAAGCAGGCGAAAGAGAAUGAGUUAUUUGCACUGCAGCAAGUGCAGGCAAUGCAGCAGGCAGCAGCAGUCAAUGCUGCCACAGCUCAGGUAUUUCUACCACCUGGUCGCUUGCAUCAUCAGCUGCCGCUGCUGCAGAAGCAACCGCCUCCCCCUGGUAGCCAGUCAACGACUGUGAAACGAGGCCGCAGUCCCUCGCCAUCCAGCCAACAGCAUCAGGCGUACUACAAGAAUCCCGCUAACUAUUCAACACAACAGCCACAGAAGUCCACGGGACAGUAUCCGAGUACUGGUACUUUAUUCUAUCAGACCUCGACGGCCCCAACAACCACACAGCAUCAGGCAGACGCUCGUCUUCAGUCCAUAUACAACUAUGGCGUGCCACUGCGGUCUGCAUAUCAUGUUGAGCUCCAACCCGGACCCAGUGCAACGGUCAGCAAAGCUCCAGGCUCACAGUCACCAUCACCUAAAGCCCAGCCGAUGCAUGUGCUUCACAUCAAUUUGGAUCAACCGCCCAUUUCGCAGUCAGACCUGGUGCAGGUACAAGCAGGAGCUAGUAGUCUAUCCGUGCAAACGUCCAAUAAGCCGCAGGUGACCAUGGAGAAGAUUCCGGAUCGCUAUCACAUUGAAGUGAAGCACGAUGGUCCGUCACAAGGUCAUGUGCCGCCCCCACCGCAUUUAUUGUCCGAGGGCGUUAUCUAUAAGCCACUGCUCGGUGAGCUAUCAUUGCAUCCGAAUGUAUUGCAAAUUAGUAGCAGUGCAGCACAGAAUGCCAAGACCACAGGCAGCAUUACGCAGGGCUACGCGCCUGGUCGAGGUGCCAGUGCUUAUGAUCAACAAUUGGCUAGGCAGCAGCUGUCCAUGCUGCCCGGUCAGCCGGGAUCGGGCGCAAGUGCCGGACAGUCACCACAUGGUCAACAGAUACAGUACACGGGACGCUUAUAUUGAUUCCGUAUUUAUGUAAAUCUGCUAAGCUCACUCAUAAUUUUACGAUUUUAACUGGAAAUGAUUUAAAAUGUUUUCGACUAAGCUGCUUUGCAGCCGCACAGAAUAAAGCACACAACUAUGGCGUCCCUAUU